GCAACCCUCUAAGCCACAUCGCUCAAUGUUUGCAGGGGAGAGAAAGCCAGCGACAGUCUUAAAAACGGCAGCGCUGGCAGCUUUCCUGUUCGUUCAUCUCUCUUCUCCCAUUCUCUACAUAUUCCGAGCCAAAACACCUCGUUACGACCCUGCGUAUAACCAACCCAGACUCGCCCGUUAUAUCGGUAUUUCGCGAGAGGCGUUACUUACUCACCCGAACACAGUCGACGUCACCAAGCCAGCGGAUCCUUGGCGGCUACCGCACCAUUCCCAUUUCGGCCAAAUCCGGAACACCCAUCUCUACGCCCUGAGACGCAGGCCGGCUGAAGCAGACAGCACUUUUCUGUUCUCUCCCCCUUCCAUAUUAUUUUCUUACCAACAAUCGCACACAGUCGCGCAUCGCAGUUCUCGAUAACAACGCUCACCUUUUUUUCUGCGCAUCAACACCUGUAGGCAAGAUGGCGCCCAUCCUCGACCCGGGCACCACCGCAGACUUGACGAAGCGAUAUCCCUGUCGGGACGGCGAAUACCUCCGACAAGGCCGGUGCUAUACCGCCUGGAGCUGGUAUGGCCGCUGGAUCUUCGCCGGUAUAGUCAUCUUCCUCAUCAUCGCCGUCUUCGUAUUAUGGGCAUGUGUCAACUCCCGCCGCCGUCGACGACAAGGCCUCCAGCCAAUGUACGGCACCGGCUGGAUGGCUGGCAGUGGCCCCCCUGGUGGCAACGCCUACAACAACCCCCAGGGUUACAACCCCCCUCAGGGCUACAGCCACCCGCCUCCGGCAUACGGCGCGCCGCCUGGAGACUCGUACCCGAUGCAGAACCAGUAUACAGGGACGACGUUCCGGGCCAACGACGGGUAUUACGCUCACCAGGAAGGCGUGCAAGCACCGCAGAACGUUUAUAAGAACAACGGCGAGGACUACGCGCCUCCCGCGGGCCCGCCGCCGAACCGGUAGACGACGACGGUGGUGAAUUAGCGGCAGCAUGCCGACAACGGCCGCAUGCAGCACAAGUCGGACGAGGGGCGAUGCGAGGACAGGAAGGCGGGCUUCACUGAUGAUACCCACCCCCCACCCCCCCAACGGGAAUGGGCCGGUUUUUUUCUCUUUCCCUUUUUCAGCACCCUGUGAAGUAAAGGAUCAAGGGGUCCUUUACCGCGCACGGAAGGGUAUGGCCAUAAUGGAGGUUAUGAAUGCGGGAUGGGAAGGGUAGGCUCUGAUCCCGUUGAUAGAGGAGUGCUCCCGCGUUUACUGUGUUGGGGUGA